AUGCCGCGUUCUAGGCCCCAGACCCAUUCUCCAGCUCUGACACGCCUCCUUACAGCUCCAGGGAGGGGCAGCCUGAGGAAAGGAGGGGCUGGGGAGCACUGGCCCCCAAGGCUUCCCCCUAACCACUUCCCUCUCCCCAAUCUUCCAAAACUUGCAGCCACCAGCGUCCCCUCCCCGUCGGGCUCAGUUCCUGGAGCCGCCGCCCCCUUCCGCCCCCUCUUCAAUGACUUUGGGCCGCCUUCCAUGGGCUACGUGCAGACUAUGAAGCCCCCUGGCUCCCAGGGCUCCCAGAGCACCUACACAGACCUGCUGUCCGUUAUCGAAGAGAUGGGCAAGGAGAUCCGGCCCACCUAUGCCGGCAGCAAGAGCGCCAUGGAGCGGCUGAAGCGAGGCAUCAUCCAUGCCCGGGCACUGGUCAGAGAAUGCCUGGCAGAGACAGAGCGCAACGCCCGCACGUAACGGCGUGCCAUCCCCUCUACCCUAUGGACCUUCCCACCUAUUUGCAUCACCUUUUGGAGCAGAGCCCCUCCCCUCGUGCCCUUCUUCUCUUCCUGACCUCCUCCUGCCCUGUGACCUCCAGCCACACAGGGUGGCGUGGGAGAAGCUGGAUCCAGCACCAGACAAAAGCAGCAGAGCCGACGCCUCGGCCUCGCCGGGCCUUGGAGAGUCCUUGGCCCGGCCCCACCUCCAGCCCGACUCUGUACUGACCUUCGGCCCCCAUCCCUCCCUGUCCCACGCUGGAUCUCCUCUCUCCUCUGCCGGGGGCCUCCCUGGCACCCACCACCUUCCAGCCCUGCCUCUGGGCUGCUCAAGGUGGUGCCUUUUCUCAGCGUCUUUUACUAAAAUGCUCUUUUUCUAUAAAUAAAAGGAGAUUUGGAGUUGUUC